GUUUACUCAUACUCCGUAUUUGAAAUCGGACUACGGAUCCGUCAUCCAUAGCUAACACACUUUCACCACAAGUCCAAAACUAGACCAAAAGCAUAGAAAAGGGGGUUUGCCGGAAGCCGUUCUUAAUUUCUUAUCCGCUAAGGUCCAACCAACUUCUUCCGUUCUGUGUUUGAUUCUUGAGACAUAACACCAGAUUACGAUUACCAGGUUGGAGUUCAUCAAUUCUAUUUUUCUUGCACCCACAAACAAUUAUUUGAAUCACCCGUUCCCUAUUCAGCUACCAUCUCUCUAGUUAUAUUUGCUAUUUUUGAGAUUUUACUAUUUUAGCUUGAUUAUCACUGUGAUUAACACUUCAUUAAGCAAAUUAUAGUUUUGAUGGAUCAAUUUCAGUAGCUAUCUCACAUUAACAUAGCAAAAAUGUCAUCUUUUUGCCUUGUUUCUAAUACUGGAUUAGUGGGUAAUCCCAAAAAUUAUAAAUUUCAUACUGUUAGAGCCAAAUCUUUUGAUGGGUGUUUAUGUAAAUCUUUUUCUGUAUUGCCUAAGCUUGGCUGUGCUUCUUUUUAUUCUUUGAAGCCUCAAAUUUAUGGUAAUUUGUUGAGGGAGGUGGUUUGUUGUAGUAAAGUAAGGUCAAUUAGUGAUGGAAAUAGCAGAAGUAAAGAUGCCCCUUUGGGGGGUAGGGAGUUUAAUGAUGUAAAGAGGAAGUUUUCGCUACGAUUGAGGCCGAGGUUAAGGUUGUUGUCGACAAGAUUGAAAAGGGUUUCAGUUCGAUCUGCGUUAAAUGAUUUUGGGAUGUUUUUGAGAAAACAUAUGAAGAAAGUCACCCUUGCUGCUUCAAUUUCCUUUGCACUAGGGGUUUGUUAUUUGUUUGUGAAGUUAAUGUCGAUUCCCUAUCCCAAAGUUGUUCCUUAUUCGGAUUUGGUUAUGAGCAUUGAAAGCGGGUCUGCCUCGAAAGUUCUUUUCGAAGAAGGGUCUCGCCGGAUAUACUACAAUACUAAGGUUCCGGAUGUUGAAUCUACUCAUUUGGAGGAACAAAAUUCGAGUUUGGAGAAUGAUCAAACUGAAAAUGUAGCAGGUGGGGUUGAUGUGGCGGCUCAAGUUAGUAGCACAGGUGUGCCUGCAAAAAGCAUGAGAAAGAAACCUGUUGUUCCUGAGUGGCAGUAUGCCACAAGGAAGGUUGAUAAUGACGAAAGCUUUCUGUUAGGUCUGAUGAGAGAAAAUGGUAUUACAUACAGUUCAGCUCCUCAGUCAGCUCUAAUGUCAUUCAGGAGCGUUUUACUUACUAUCUUGACAUUAUGGAUUCCGCUUACUCCUUUAAUGUGGCUUCUUUAUCGUCAACUUUAUGCUUCUAAUGGUCCUGCUAAGAAACGAAAGCCUAGUAAUCAGACUGUUAGCUUUGAUGAUGUUGAAGGCGUUGAUACUGCAAAAGUUGAGCUCUUGGAGAUAGUAUUGUGUCUACAAGGUGCUAUCAAUUACAACAAAUUAGGAGCAAGGUUACCAAGAGGUGUUCUGUUGGUAGGUCCUCCUGGAACUGGAAAAACCUUGCUAGCCCGUGCUGUGGCAGGAGAAGCUGGUGUUCCCUUCUUCUCUGUAUCUGCCAGUGAAUUUGUUGAAUUAUUUGUUGGGAGGGGAGCUGCACGUAUUAGAGAACUUUUUAAUGUUGCAAGGAAAUGUUCUCCAUCAAUUAUUUUCAUUGACGAACUUGAUGCUGUUGGUGGAAAGCGUGGUAGAAGUUUCAAUGAUGAACGUGAUCAGACGCUCAACCAGUUGCUGACAGAAAUGGAUGGGUUUGAGUCAGAUACAAAGGUAAUUGUUAUUGCUGCAACAAACAGACCUGAAGCAUUAGAUGAGGCUCUUUGUCGUCCUGGUCGCUUCUCGAGGAAAGUUCUUGUAGGAGAGCCCGAUGAAGAAGGAAGGAGAAAGAUACUGUCUGUGCAUUUAAGAGAUGUUCCUCUCGAAGAAGACAAGCAACUUAUCUGCAGCCUUGUUGCAUCCCUCACCCAAGGCCUUGUUGGUGCUGAUCUUGCCAACAUUGUCAAUGAAGCUGCAUUACUCGCUGCACGCAGAGGAGGAGAAGCGGUGUCAAGAGAAGAUAUAAUGGAAGGCGUAGAAAGGGCAAAGUUCGGAAUCAACAGUAAGCAACCAACCGCGAGUAUGAUCAGUAAGGAGAUUGGUAAAUUAUUCCCUUGGAUGCCAUCUAUUAUGGGAAAAUCUGACUCAAAAACUCAAGGAUUUCAGGGGCCAUUAGGUUAUCAAACAUUAAGCUCAUGAUAACACAACAGUUUCUUUUUUUGGUAAUGGUUAUAUUUGUUGUCAUAGUUACUAAAAAUGGGUGCAAAAUAUGAAAAUAUACAUGUCACUAUACCAAA